AUGGAUGGAGUUGACGAUAUAUUGGAUGAGAACCAGGUAGCUGAAGAAGAGGAAGAUGAAGAUGAGGAAUUGGACGAAGAAAUGGUAGAUAUAGCUGGCAGAGGUGAUGAACAGGAUCGAGACCAAGACGAUGACCCAGAGGACCAAGAUAACCAGGACGACCAGGAAGAGUAUCCAGAUCAAAGCCAGGAUCAGAACCAAGAUGAAGACGAGGACAUGGAUGCAGACGAUGAUGAAAACGAUGAAAACGACGAGAACGAUGAUGGUGACGAGGACAAUAAUGAAGAGGAAUCGCGCAGAAAUGGCAACGCCGAAGACAGCGAUGCAGAAGAAGACGACGACGAUGACGACGACGACGACGACGAUGAUAACACGGGCAAGUCAAGACCCAGAAGCGACGCUCUCUCGAAAGAAUCAAGCCCAGCGCCAAGAUCUCGUGGACCAUCAUCAGCAUUCGAUAAAAUUCACGAAUACUACACGCAACUUCACAACUCUUCCAAGCUCGCAGAUCUAUACUCGAUAUAUCCGACCGCGGCAAUUCCUAUCCAAACCCAUGUACACAGCAUAGCCAUGUCCAUGGGACUCAAAUAUCUGUUCCUAGGAGGUGAAGAUGGAUUUGUGAGAAAAUACGACUUUCUAAACACCAUUGAGGGGAAACUAUCACUUACCAUUUUACAAAAACACUCGCUGGUUGAGUCUAUAUCGAAUGCAGGAAUAUUACUAUCUUACUGGGAGAACGAGGUCCCGCAGACCCGUAACGACAUCAAAAUUUCCAAAACCGGAAAGGAAUACGAGCCCGUGGUAUCCCCGGUACACGCUAUGGAAGUUCAAAGUGAAUGCCUGUUUUUAUUGAGCGGGCUCAAAAACGGUGGCAUCACCAUGCAAGGCUGUCGAUUCAUGGAAGGCCACAUCGCACAUUAUUUUCAAAAGCAUACCAACACCGUAAAUCAGCUGAAACUCAGUAAUGAUGAGGACAGAUUCAUCAGCGGUGGUUGGGAUAAACAGAUAAUAGACUGGGAUUUGCAGACAGGGAAAUACGUCAACGAAUUUAAGGGCGCGACUGCGCAAAUCUCUUCACUUGAAUUUCGUCCUUUAUUCUCUACAGUCGAAAUCCACGCAGCGAGUACAGAAGAUGAACCAGAAGAUGAAACUAGGGUGAAAAAGGAUGAUGACGACUUGGACUCCUUAUUCGGAGAUGAAGAGGAGGAAGAGAAACGAAGGGCGCAAGAGAAGGAACAGGACACACAAUCUUCGGAAAACGGCAAAACUCAAGAUUUUGGAAGGGAUGAAAUAUCGAAAAAGACACUCAAAACGGUUCUUGAGGAUAACGUAUUUCUAACAUCUUGCACCAACGGUGCAGUUCAGGUAUGGGAUCGUCGAAUCUCAACAAAACCUGCAAUCGGCCUCACUCGUGGACCACAAGUUCCUCCUUGGUGUUUGUCGGCGUGCUGGUCAACGGAUGGAGAUAGAAUAUACGUGGGGAGAAGAAAUGCAGUGGUGGAGGAGUUUGAUUUAAAAAUGGCCAAAACUCCGUCAAAAACAUUAAAGUUUCCUGGCAUUUCAGGUCCUGUAUCAUGUGUUCGCACUAUGCCCAAUAACAAGCAUGUGCUAUGUGCCUCCUAUGACAAUGUGAGAAUAUACGACGUCUCUCAGUAUGGUUCGUCGAAAGUACCAUUCUUAAUUGUACCAGGCCACCAUGGUGGCAUGAUUUCUAACUUGUACGUCGAUCCCACCUGCCGCUUCUUAAUAAGCACAAGUGGAGAUAGAGGAUGGCAAGGCGUUUCAACUGAUGCAACGCUCAUUUACGACAUAGACAUGGAAUGA